CUCCGACGACAGCAACACCGACACCCACAGCUCGCCACGAUGAUCAACGCCGUCCUCGUCUUCAACAACGCCGGUCAGCCGCGCCUGACCAAAUUUUACACCCAAAUCGACACACAAACCAAACAAUCUCUCAUCGACCAAAUCUACAAACUAGUUGCCCAACGGCCCGCCAGCGCCUGCAACUUCCUCCCCCUCCCGCCUCUCCUCUCGCAGGGCGCGCGCUCCAGCGUCGAGAACGGCCCCUCCGACGCCCCCACGCAAAUCACCUACCGCACCUACGCGACCCUCUCGUUCAUCAUGAUCUCCACCUCCACCGAGUCGCCCCUCGCGCUGAUCGACCUGAUCCAGGUCUUCGUGGAAGCGCUGGACCGCAUGUUCGAGAAUGUGUGCGAGCUGGACCUCAUCUUCGGGUACGAGACGAUGCACGCGGUGCUCAGCGAGAUGAUUGUCGGCGGGGUGGUCGUCGAGACGAAUCUUGAGAAGAUUGUGGCGGGCGUCAGGGAGCAGGAGGGGGGUGUGGGCAAGAAGAGGGCUAUUCAGGCGGCUAGCUCGGGGGUUGGGCGCGGAGGGUUGCCUGGGUUGGGGGCUUGGAGGUGAUCGGUUGGGGUUGCUUGAGGUUAUUUUGGGGUUGAGUUAUCUUCUGAUAAAUGGUGCAUAUAAUGAUGCCUGAUGGUAUUUGAUCUGGGAGGCGUUUUCGGUUCAUUCAGGGUUAUGGUUGCAUUUGGGGGUAUUUGUUAUCGAGCAUUUCAGCAUUUCUGGUGCAGGGUAUGGGAUGAUGUGUGGCUAUGCGUGGUCUAUGUUGGCUGCUUACCAUUUAAGGGGUAUUUGACAGAGAUAUUCUUUGCAACGUAAACAGAAGUCUUCUUGGUCUGGGUCCAUCUCUCGACAUUUGAUAGAAACACUCAUGAGGGAAGCAUGGCUCCUACUUGUGCAUCAGUUCAGUACCUUCUUAGCCCAUUAUCUGC